UCACUAGAGUGCUUGUAACAGUCUGACUCAUUCAGUUUUCUGAGUUUAUUAACCCAAGCACCUGCAUCCAAGACACUUCAACAGAAUAUAUUCAAUUCCUGUGAACUUUGACAAAUUAAAAACAUGUUCCUGUUUCUCAGCUCUGUUCUGGUUAUGUCUGUGUUUUGGGAAGCUGAAUGCAACCAAGCAAGUAGCAACACCUCUUUUUUCCCUGUAGUACACGGCAGCCUGUGGUCCCUUGACUUUUCCAAUAGAAACCUGAGCUCUAGAGACAUUUCUUGUGGGACAUUUAAGCAUUCACAAUUAAAAUAUCUAAAUCUCUCAAAUAAUCACCUUGUGAUGUUUCCUCUCUGUUUGCCAGCAACCCUAAAUGUCCUGGAUUUAAGCAACAACAACAUUUCAGAGCUUACUGACCACAGUUUUCAAGACCUUUUGGAUUUGCAUACUUUGAUAUUACAUCACAACAACAUCAUACAGGUUUUGUUGAAUACAACGUUGAACCUAAAGGUAUUGGAUCUCAGUUACAAUCAGCUUUUAUCUUUGCCAGUGACAACAAACUGGUCCAACCUUACUUACUUGUCCAUUGCUGAAAACCAAAUAGAAAAUGUUUAUCUAAAUGACUUAAACACUUUCCAAUCCCUUGAGCAUCUGAAUCUGUCAGGAAAUCCGCUUGCAUAUUUUAACACAUCAGGAAUGGCAGAUGCUUCUGCAGGCAACCUGAUUGAGCUGGACAUAAGGAAUACCAAUAUAACAAAUGACACUCGGUGCAGUUAUUUUCAGAAGUUUGAAACACUCCAUAUGGUAAGAAAUCAACAUCUCAGCCAUCAAGAGCAUUCUUUAAAAGAAUGCAUGCCCACAUUAAGCAAAGUGAACUUCAAAAACACAAAUUCACUGGACACUGGAAACUCCAAGAUUUUCAACAUUUUGCAGGAGUUGAAAUUCUUCUCCAUCAAAAAUCUGAGCACAGUCGACUCAGCAAACACAAGUUCUUCAAAUACGACCAAAAAUGACAAUAAAAGCCUAUUUAACUGUAAACUUGGGCUCUGUUUGCUUCUGUCUACUCCUGGCAAGAAUCUUGAAAGGUAUGAAGCAUCCACAAGUGCCAGUAUACAGAAUGCACUAGACAAUACAGGAACUAUCAGAACAGAUGGGACAACCAUUUCAGCAGUUAAAGAGACUGCAAAAUCUGCAGCUUCCGAAACUACUACAGGAAUGACUACAGAGACUACAUUAGUGACAACAGUCACUUACACACACAUGGGACAAGAAAAAACUACAUCUAUAAGAACAAAUGGAACACCAAAUUCCCCAAAUUCAGAGUCUACAAAAGCUGCAGCUUCAGAAACAACAAAAACAGCAGCAACAGAGAUUAAAAUAGCAGCUUCAGCCACCCCAAAAGCAACUUUAGAGAGCCCGAAACACAGUCCACUGAGCAAUCUUACCACUCCAUUUCAACAAUUUGAUUUUGGCACUGAUGAGUAUGAGUCUGAUGAUUUACCAUCUAAACAUGAUCAAUUUAAUCCUCAGUUGGUGACAUGUGACUACGACCCCUGUAGAGACCUUCAGAUUCCUUGCUUGGACCUGCAGAAGCUGCAUAAAUGCUUAUGCCCAGGAAUGUCUACAGCUGCUAUACGGCCAAACCCACCAAUGCUCAAAGAAGCCUCUGAGAUUACAUAUACAUCUGCCAACAUCCAUUGGUGUGCUCCUUAUUCUGCUGUGAGCGAGUACCAGCUUAAGGUAGAACGAGAAGACGGACUAGUGCAUCUGAAUGAUCACAUUCACGAAACGUUUAGAAGGUUUACUGUGUACGGGCUUCCAGCUGGCACAACACACAGUGUCUGUGUUGCGGCAAAGAACAAAGCAGGAACCUCUGAUGAAGUAUGCACUACAUUCAAAACUGAACACGAUUAUACAAUAUUCAUGUAUGCCUUCGCCACAGCUACAGGCUUACUUCUGCUUGUUGCAAUCGUACUGGCAGUAUGUCUGUACAAGAGGUCUAAAAAUCCACCACCCGAACUUCCAUACCUUACAAACUCGAUCUCUAUACAGAACCCAGCAUUCAGCCACCCGAUGGGGAAGUAUGAUUUUUCAAAUAACAUAUAAAUGGGGUGAGAAACAAUAGUUUGCUUAAUUUGUUAAAAAUGAGUUAAACAGAAUUUACCACACAUCAUUUUUUAAAUAGCCACUUUAAAAUAAUAUAGUUUGAUAUCCAUGAAACUGUACAGUAGAACCUCUUAUCCACACUUUCAAUUAUCUGUGGUUCCCUGAGUUUAUCUGAAAUACAGUACAUUAUUGCCACACAAAGACGCACGUGUCAGUGUAACCUGUGGAGUCGACGCCAAGGCACUGCUACAGAUGUGGGUGUCAUGUCUUGUUGUGAACAGCAGAAGGAUUCCGUAAAAUUUGUUCUCCUGAGGCAGUUACUUAGUGAAGCCCAGCAAACAUAUUUUGCCUCAAUGAAACAAAGUAUUAUAAUGGACUUUCUCAAGGUUCAAAAGAACGACUUGCAGCACUGUGCUGUUUAAAAAAGCUGUUGCAAAAGAAAAUACAAACAUU